GUGCUGUCCUUAAUCAACACAAUGGCCACGGUAGGAUUUCUGCAAAUGCUGACGUUGCUGCUGCUACUGCUGCUGACACUGCUGACACAAGCCGUACUGAGCAAGCCUCGCCGUCGACACCACCACGGAGAGUGCCUCCUGCAACAGGCCCAGAGAGAGGUUAAACACCUGAGGGAUUACUGUGAAGGCAACCCAGAGGCUCACAGAGUAUUCUCAGGGAUACCUGUCUUCUCACUCUGCAAGGAUGACUUUAGUGCCAUUGAAGACUUUUCUUUAGAACCCCAGGAAACAAUGAAGAAGUGUUGCAGGAACCCUGACCUCACCGAGUGCUCAGACAAGGAGUGGAGAGACGUCCUCCUGGCCCGAUACAUCCGCGUCCUCUGUGAUCUCACACACUGCGAUAACAGUCCUCCUAUAUCCUAGAAGACAUCCUAUGGAUACUUCUAAGAACGUACCUUUCACAGCACUUGUAUGAGCCACCUCAGGCUACGCACGGCAUCUGAUGUACAAAAACCCAAAGGCAGCGACGCUACUGUGGAAUUCUGGACACGUAGUUAGUUACCAUUUCUGUAGUGUCUUCUCUAUGGUGUUUCCAGAGAGAGGACCUCCAGCCUGACCUCCCACCGGAGAUCACGACUUGGAGGUGCAUUUAACCCACACGGUAUAAAAAAAAUAAUCGCUGAUGUGCAACUUCAAACUCAUUACAAAAACCUAAAGAAAUUUUUUUUUUCAACUAUAAUGGUUAAAAUUUUAUCGAAAUUCAAUAUCUCAUUUGUUGACUUUUAAACAUGAGGACAUUAAUCGAAGUGCACACGCGUACACACACACACACACACACACACACACACACACACACACACACACACACACACACACACACACACACACACACACACACACACACA